AUGGAUAUGCAACUAAAAUCGAUGAAAAAAUCAAGAAGGAUGCAUAAAAUGUAUGCAUCAAAAAUUAUAGAAGAAACGAAUAUCUUAUUAGAUAAGGAACUUGAGUCUAGCGAAAAUCGUGAAGAUGUGGAAACUGACUUAAAUACGAACUUGGAACUGUUGAACAUAAAAAUGAAAGUUAUAGAAAAUCUUAACGAUAAAAUAAGUGAGUUGUUGGAAGAUGAUGAUGAGAUUUGCACGGAUAUGAACGAAUCUGGAGACUUUCAAAGGUACAUUUUAAAAACCACUAUACGCAUCGAAAAGUAUCUUAAACAAAAUCUUAAUGAAUCUUCAUUCCAUAUUGAGAAACCAGCUUCCAAACCUAAAUAUUCAAUCUCUGCCAAACUGCCCAAGCUGACACUUCCCAAGUAUAGUAACGAUCCAAUGACCUUUCAAUCAUUUUGGGACAGUUUUGAUAGUGCUAUCCAUUCAAACCAAAAAAAUGACAUUUCUAAAUUCAGUUACCUCAAAAGUCUCUUAAAAGGAAAUGCGAGUCUUUCAAUCCAAGGUUUAGCCAUAACAGGUGAAAAUUAUAGAACUGCAAUUAAAAUUCUUAAAGAAAGAUUUGGAGACGAACAAGUGAUGAUAAGCGCUCACAUGGAUGCUCUUCUCAACAUUCAACCUACUCAAAGUAAUAAAGUCUCUGAAAUCCGAACAAUCUUCGACUUAGUCGAAAUUCAUACUAAAAACUUAGAACUCUUAAAUGUUAACUCAGAGAAUUUUGGUCCAGUACUUGUAUCAGUAAUAGUGAGUAAAUUGCCUAAAGACUUUAAACUCGACAUUACACGAAAGAUGCCUCAAGGAAAGUGGAAAAUAAUAGACCUUAUGAACUGCUUCAGAGAGGAACUUAUAGCUCGUGAGCGUUGUAUAUCUAUGGAAAAAGGAAUGAGUAACUUAGACAUAAAUCAAGAUCAUUUUCCAAAAUACAUAUUAACAUUGCACUCUCAACAAAAAUAUGUAAAACCAAGAGAGUGGCAACCCAAAUCAGUUAAACUCAUUUCUUGUUCAUUUUGUAAAGGUAAGCAUCCAAGUAAUCGGUGUAAUGUUGUUACAGAUUGUAAUGGUAAGCCUCAUAUUUCAAUUUGUGAUAAAAAAAACAAUGCUGGAGCUUAUGUAAACUCAAAUUCAGAUAAAACCAUACCAGACACCUCAGUCGAUGUUGUUGGUUGUCAAGAUAAUAUUCUCCUACAAACUGCAAAAACUGAAAUAUCAGACACAAGCAACUCAAUAAAGAAAACUAAAAUUAUUGCAAGAGUGUUAUUUGAUAAUUGCUCUCAAAAGUCCUUUGUGACAUCUGAUGUAAGAAAGAAGUUGAAUCUCAAAACUAUUCGAAACGAAAUUCUAAAUGUAAAAGUGUUUGGAGAAAGCUGUGAAAAGCCUCGAAAAUUUGACCUUGUCAGUAUUAAAAUUAAAAACAUCCAAACCAAUCAUUAUUCUACAAUCGAAGCAUAUGUUACACCAAUCAUAUGCUCUCCUAUUAUCAAUCAACGAAUCGACCUUGCAAAAUUGCAGCACACCGAAUUAGCCAAUAUACCGAUAGCUGAUGAUUUAAAAGAUGGAAAAGAAAUUGACAUAUUAAUAGGUGCAAAUUACUACUGGAACUUUGUAACAGGGCAAUUAAUUAGAACAAACCAAUCUCUAACCGCAGUAAACACAAUUCUUGGUUGGACUCUUAAUGGAAAUGUUAAAUCAAUUAAUUCUGCUUCUGUAAAUAUAGCAUCUGUUCUUCAUACAUCUUCUGAACCAAUCUUAGUUAAUUCUGACGAUCUUGGCAGUCUUGGUAAAUUCUGGGAAUUAGAAGAUAUUAAUGAAAUAAACACAACCUUUGACUUAAAAUAUUUAUAUGACAAAAUCCAGUUUAAUGGUAAGAGAUAUUCCGUACCUCUACCUUGGAAACAAGAACGCAAACAGAUUCCAGAUAAUUAUGAGAAAAGCAAACUCAGAUUGCUAUCCACUUACAAUCGUCUCAAGAAAAAUCCAAACUUAUUGCAACAGUACAAUGAGAUUACACGUCAGCAGGAACAUGAAGGAAUUAUAGAAAGAAUCCCCGAUUUUCCACCACUUGUAGGACAAGUCCAAUAUCUUCCGCAUCACGCAGUAAUCAAAGAGGAAGAGUCUAUCAUAAAAUUACGAAUUGUCUUUGAUGCAUCGUCAAAUAGUCCUACAUUAAACGAUUGUUUGGAAUAG